GGGAGCCGGCAAUCAUCAUCUUUCUCUCCUGAAUUUUGAGAAUCCUUCCUUCAAUGCUGUUUUUCACCACGAACCUGGACACCUUCACAUCCCGUAGUUGGCCCAUACGAUGCACACGAUCAAUGGCCUGAGCUUCCACGGCGAAGCUCCACCAGGGAUCCAUCAUGAACACGUGGUUUGCAACUGUCAGAUUCAAUCCGACACCGCCAGCUCUCAAGCUGAUCAAAAGCACACUCGGAGGGGAACCUUUGUCCUUCCUGCGCCUAUUUCGGUAUUCCUUAAAAGGGUCCGGGGAAUGUGCAAUAUCAUCAUCAUCGUCAAUGUCCUCUUCGUCAAUUAUAGGGGCAUUGAACUGGGCAAGAACCGUGGCACGAGCCUUUUGACUCAUCGUGCCGUCAAAGCGAAGAUGAGCAAUACCGGCGGUAGUCAGCUGCGGGGAUAUUAAGUCCAAAAAGGAGGUAAACUGAGAAAAUACCACAGCCUUGGUGCCUCUGGGAAGACGUGUAAGAUGGGUGAUAAGAGCAUGGAUCUUCGCAGAAGUUUUGGCAGAGGGGGACAGGGGAUUGAUCCGACGUAAGGAUAUUCGGCAUGCGGGAGGAGCGGGAUUGUCCAAAGGCGGAGGAUUUUGUGUUGCGGGAGUCUGUUCUGGAGAUUCAUGCCUCACAACUUCAAAAAUAUCGCGAGAACUUAG